UUCAGACAGUUGACAGAAUGGAACGUGAAAACUUAACCCCGUGUGUUUAAUACUUUUGUUAUUGCUCCUAAAAUGUUAACUUUCGAGUAGUUGCAGUGAAAUGAAUUUAUCACAAAUAUGAAAUAGCAGAUACCGCAAUCAUGGAUCCAUUCGAGGCACACAACAUUACAUUUCUGGAUCUCAGCGGGGUUGAUGAGCAAGAACGACAGGAGGUUUUGGAUUCUCUGUAUGCAGAGAAUGCCAAUGUGCAGCUGCCUUGGAGGGUUUCGGAACAUAAAGUCGUCCAAAAGACCGAUGUAAAAAAUCGGUUUGUUGCCACCGCCGCCGCCCACCACCACCAGGACAAAGCGGCCGUUGUGGCUUCCCACCCCCAGGUGUACCUCACCAAUCAAGUCGACUAUAAUGCCUACAUGCCGCCCCCUGACCCAUCACUAUAUCAUCAUCAUCCAUACUCGCAAUACGUGGUCUACUCCACCUAUCUGCCCCCAGUCGUCACCACCACCAUCCCCAUAACAUACACGCAAACCGCCCCCAAUGCUAACUACAUCACCGACGAUGAGUACAACCACCAGGCGUAUGUGCCGCCACCGGUCACCGCUCCCGAAGAAAAAAAAGAGGAGCCCGACGCUAAUUGUAAUAUUACAACAAAUGGAGAAACAACUCCAGGAAGAGCGAAUAAAUCGUGGGCUAGUUUGUUCAGUAAUUCGAAAAACUCGGGCGUUAUUAACGGGAAUGGAGUCAAUGAGAAGUCUUCAUCGAACGAGGCUGUGAAUAAACAAAACGUUGAUAAUAACAAUGAUGAAGAUCCGAUCAGGAAUCCCAGAAAGGCCAAGUUUAUCGAUCCGAACUGCUACAGAAUGGGCGAAUUUCUGUUGAAUUAUACCAUCGAUGGCAGAACUAUAAGUUUACAGCCACGUGGUUUGAUCAAUAAGAGCAACUAUUGCUACAUCAAUUCGAUUUUACAAGCACUUUUAGCCUGUCCUCCUGUUUACAAUUUAUUAGUAGGCUUAUCGGAACAAAACACUACGGCUCAGAAGGAGAAAGCCACGCCCAUCAUUGACGGAAUGUGCCGUUUCGUCAAGGAAUUCCAACAUUUGCCAGCCGGUCUGCGUGUGAAUCGGCGAAACGACAAAAACCAGAAAAAGGAACAAGGUUUAAUGAUCGAUUACGACCUGCCAUUUGAACCUUCUUGGAUUUACAAAAUGUUGAACGGUGUUAGAAGCGAUUUGUUCUUGGUGGAGGGCCGUCAGGAAGACGCUGAAGAGUUUCUGGGUUGUUUAUUAAACGGACUGAACGACGAAAUGCUUGAACUAAUGAAAUUGGUGAAAAGCGAUCUUACGAUCAAUAAAUUCGAGUCGAAACCAAGCGAUCAAGACACAGACAAAGAGUGGCAGGUUAUGGGACCAAAAAACAAGGGUAGCAUAACGCGACAAAUGGAAUUCGUCAAGACACCAAUUAGUAAUAUUUUCGGUGGCUUCCUCAAGUCGAGGAUUCACAGGACUGGGGAUCAUUCCACUUACAACAUACAACCGUUUUUUACCCUGCAAUUAAAUAUCGAGAAAGUCAAAACUGUGCGUGAGGCACUCGAGGCUCUUGUUACGAAAAAUCAGCUGGAGGGCGUCACCAAUGAGAAGACCAACGAGGAGGUGGAGGCAUGGCAACAAGUCACUUUGGAAGAACUUCCAGUUAUUUUAAUUCUGCAUUUAAAGUGCUUUGAUUUUAAGCUAGAUGGAUGUACAAAAAUUGUCAAAGCUUUGGAGUUUCCUAUCGAUUUGAAGAUUGAUUCAAAACUGUUAUCUUCCAAGCCAAUGUCGCCAAAAGAGAAACAGUAUAAGUUAUUUGCCGUCGUGUAUCAUGAUGGGAAAGAGGCAACAAAGGGUCAUUACAUUACGGAUGCCUUUCAUGUCGGCUACAGCAGUUGGAUACGAUAUGAUGACGCAUCGGUCAAGUCAGUUCAAGAAGACUACGUUUUGAAGCCACAAGGAACUAGAGUUCCCUAUUUGUUAUUUUACCGUCGUAGUGAUACCAUUAGAAGCAAAUAAAUAUACAUUUGGCCUAUUAAUAAUUGUUAAUAAGUAAACUUAUUUUAAUAAAUUAACUUUAUACAA